AUGGGUAACGAAGUACCAGAAUUUAAAGGAGAAAGGGCUAAAGAUCUUAAAUUAUGUCCAAAUGUUUACUUUUGCAAGAAGCAGCAAAAUGUGUUGGAUGUGAGGUUGGUGUUGGCGCCAGACAACACAGGCGCCCAUCCAACCCAACCCAAUCUCUAUCUCCUAGGCAAGUUGGUCAGGACUGCCCCGUCGCGUAACCAACAUCCACCCGCAAUCUGCGACCUGCAACCUGCAUCUGCAUCCGCAUCUGCACCCACUGGCGACAACAACAACAACAACAGCAGUAGCAGCAGCAGCAGCAACAGCAAACAUCUCCAAAAUAUGCCAUCUACACGCAGGAGCUACGGCUCCGGCCACAACCAGCCCUCCGGUCUACUCUCAGCUUCUACCCAGUCACAAUCAGCUUAUCUCUCCUCCUUCUCCACCACCUCCUCUUCUUCAUCUUCAUCUUCUCCCUCUUCUUCCUCCUCUAAACAAACCUCACAAAGGCCUUCAGCCAAUCCCCUGCACCAACAAUGGCAGUUCGCCGCUGUUUGGGAAUUUUUAUUCCAAUUCCAUAAGGGCCUCAAAAGUCCAUAUUACGAAGACAUCGAAGCUUUCGCCAGAGACAUUAGUUCGCCGUCCGGCACACCCCUGCUUCAUGACGUUCAAAUCGGUCUUCUCAAGAAUGUUUCCUCACAGCGAGGCCUGACUAUCGAGAUGUUCGACGAUUACACCAGACGACAAUACAUUCAUAGACGAGUCCCAGUCAACCCCUUCGGAACAGAUCCCAUGCCAAUUUCAUUCUACAGCUUCAAACCAGAGCAAAGGGUCCUGAUUUUGCACCAACUUGCAAUGUGGAUCAUCUCGAACACCGAUUCCUUCAGGUCUAAAAUAGACCCACAUAAAGUCAUGGACCACACUGAUUGGCGCAUCGACCCCAUUGGCUGGGACUCCAAAGGGAACACCUACUAUCAAUUUGAUAACGGAUAUCUUUAUUGCAGGGCCGAGCCUCUUCCACCCGUUUACCAGAAGUGGAAGAGCAGGAAAGGCACUGGUUCUAGGUCGAAGCGACGAAAGGUUUCUACGGAAGAGGAAAAUGAAUUUGGACAAAUCGAGUUCCCUCCUGACGAAAACGACGUAUUCGUUUCCCAGAUAGAAUGGAAAUGUCUCUGUUCAACCCUCGAGGAAUACAGAGCUUUAGUAGCGAGGUUUGAGAGGUCAAAAAAUCUCGAUGAGAAAGAGCUUCGGAAAGUUAUUCUCGGAGACAUAAUUCCAGUACUCGAAAAAGAAGAGCAGAAGCGAACAAGGAAGCUACUCGAAGAAGAAAGGGAAUUGGCUCGCCUCGAGUUACUUUCGCAUAGAAAACGAUCGGCUCGGGUUGAUGAGAGAGUGGCUAAACGUCGCGAGGCAGAAGAACGAGAACAGGCACUUCGCCGUGAUCAUGAAGAGCAAGAACGGCAAGAGAAGGAGGAUACAAAACGGCAAAGAGAUGAACAAGCACGAAUCGCCAAACUAGAAGAGCGUGAGAGACGACUUCAGGAAAGAGAGCUUCGUGCCAAACAACGUGAGGAGGAGCGAGUAAAACUUCUUGACCCGGAUGCAACCGAGUCAGAAGACAACGGUAAGGGAAGGAAGUCAUCCCGCCAAAAGGAAAAACGCAAAGCAGAGUUAGAUAUAGAAGACAAUAACUGGGUCUUCGAUUGCAUUUGUGGUGUCAAUGGUGUCAACUAUGACGACGGAACUUUGAGCAUAGCAUGCGAUAGGUGCGGCGUCUGGCAGCACACCGCAUGCUUAAACGUUCCCACAUCUGUUGCUGAGGAAAGCGAGUUUGUAUGUGAUCGCUGUCAGGACAAGGAAAGAGCCGCGAUGAGUCCCCCUAUCAAGAUCAAAUUACGCCUUACAAGGCCUCUUUCAUCCGAUAGCGAAGUGGGAGACAAUAUCAACCCGCCUCGACUACCUCAAACAGAGCAAAUCUCCGCCCCCGAGAGCGGUGACACCUUACACAACAGAGUUGAGGGCGAGCAAAUCGUUCAGCCCAGGAAAACAACCUCCGCCCCCACUACAAUUACAACCAUUCAAAACAUACAGACCGACAAACCUCACCUUCAAUCCACACCACAAGUUAUACCACUCGCCGACACAAAUACGAAACCGAGCUCCUAG